CCGCGCUACUCAAGAUCAUCUGGAUAUGCCAUCCAUUUCAGACUCUGACCCUGUCGCACUAGGCAUAGCAGCAAGCAUCACUAUCUCUCUCUUGAUCACCGUUCCAUUCUUGUGGCCCUUCUUCAGGAUUCGCUCCCGGCCGAGCUCUUUCAUGUGGAAGGCUGUGUACAUCCCUCGGACCUGGUGGCCCGGGCCGAGUCAGAGAGUCCAUCCUAUCUUUGACCCGUUUCCCGGUGGAUCACCCUUCAAAUUCUUGUUGAUGGUUCUCAAGGGGGCCACUUCCCAACAGAAGGCCUCCUCCAAACCAUCCUCGAGACAACAGUCUUCAAACGAGGAGCACUCGACCUUCAUGACUGACGAAGAGAUCCAUCUGAGGUUUCUUGCACUCUGUCUCAGACUAGCCCUUCUGGCCCUGCUCCUAGGACUGCCUACAUUUUUCGCCCUCUUCAUCACAGGCGUUCCCCCUCCAACCCCAGGUUCCACCAAAUUCAGCUCCGUCCAAAAUUUUACGGUCCUCAGACUACUUUACCAAUACGAUCUAACGCCCGCAUCUUUCUCGACUCGGUUGAUCAUCUGGGCAAUUGCUGCACUUCUGAUAGGGGUCAUCCUGGCUUUUCUGCUCAUCCUCUUCGAAUGGCAUCAUCUAAGGCGGAAUCUCCAGAGGUUCUCCCGAGAAAAAUGUGGAGGUUUGCAGAUAGUGUAUUUCCCCAGGAAGAAUCACAGUGGAUUUGAGAGCGUAGGGGAAAAGAAGAUGGCGAAUUGGGUCCGAGCCUGUGGACUGGGCCCAGUUGGUCAGGAGGGAAGUGGUGCAGCGGUUUCAAGCCGUGGCUCCUCUCAAGAGUCCCAAAGGAGCUCUGAUGCUUCCAAUAACAUAGACAAGGCGGGUCUUGACUCAGAUACCGCCCCACUUCACGCCUCCGGCGAAUCGGCCACAUCCAGAAAGUCCAGCAGAUGGAAGCGUUCAACCAGGAGUUCCGAGGUGCCACUGCGAUCCGAACAAAGGGGUGUCAUCAUCCAAGGCAUCUUCACCAUCUCACAACUCGAAGGUUUGUAUUCACUUUCAGAGAAACGCAGAAAGGUUCUCAAUGAGCUCGAGCUAAAUGAGUCCAGAUACGUGGCCGGUUUCCUUCCCGAGAAUGACGACCAUUCACCCACUAAAAAGUCCAAGCGGCAGAAAUAUCAGAAAUCUCGCAACAGAGUAGAAGCCGACGAAUCCGUGGACGGACAAGUGACGCCAUACGGUCCAUUGGGUCUAUACAAGCUUGAUGCCAAGCCCCGAGAAGCAUCCGGACUCGGCUGGAAUGACCCUUGCCUUCGACUCUCCCGAUUUGAGAGUCAUGAGAGUCAUGAGACACUAAAGCUUCCUCCCGAAAGAUGGGGUAAUGAACAAUCCGAGUUCAAGAGUUCAGACUUCUACUUUGGAGAGAUUAUCCAAGACCCACAUCUUACGAAUGAGAUGUAUCAAGACAAGUGGGCGAUCGGAAACGAAGUUAAACGACAAGAUGAUGGUACCUUCCAUAACGUUACCCAGGGAAAGCCAGCUUCUCUGAAAAUUCAGAAGAGCCAUCCCUUGGAGCUAGAAAAAUCAUCUUUCGAACCUACCCAAUUGCUUUAUUCUGCUUCAGCCGAAACAAGUACGAUUGGAACGCCUAGAUCAUCAAUGGCCCCCAGUCAUGCGGGAUCUUGGCCACAGCCAGGUCGUUCAACUCCCUCAACUCUAGCUUCUAGCGAUGACACGCACGCCUAUCCACCUCCCUCAACCGCCCCAACCUCGGCGUCUCUCAGUCAUUCCAAUAGCAGGCAGACACUCAAAGACCACAAUAGCACAUCUGUCCCUGCGGUUAAGCUUUCCGACCUAAUCCAACAGGAAGCUGACAGCCGAGAUCGGCUAAGCUUCCCCUUGGAGCCAUCACCCACCCCCUUGCAUCCUUUAACCCACUCAGUAUCAUCUCCAAACCUCCUCAAGUCCCCCACACCGGCAAGAUCUCUCAAAGGAAAUGUCAACCGAAAUUCGCAAGGAACAGAGCUCAUACCCUAUCUAUUUGAGCUACCUGCAACAAUAACUAAUCAAGAUAUCCGACCAAUGCCUACACAGUCAGCGACAAAGAACCAUAAUAGGAAUUCGAAGAAAUUCCUCAAGCAACCCAUAAAAAACAGGAGCGCUUCCACGGCUUAUCAUGAAAGGCAGGUGAAGCCACACAGGUUCAUGAACGCCGAAGAAAUAGAGAGACUGUAUCACUCCAUCAGGAAGAACCGCUCUCAGUUGAAGCGUCUCAAUCAGGAAUUCCAAGAGGAGAAGCGCAAAGCUGUGGAGGAGAUGGAGGAGGGACUCAACGGAUCAGUUUUCGGCUGGAUACUGGUGGGCAAAGGUGUCGAACUGAUCGAGGGCGCUCUCCCUAUUGAUGGCAUGACCCGCGAGGACAUCAAUUGGCAUAGCUUGGGCAAAAACAGUCGUUUGCCGUUGUUUUGGAUCCUCUUUUUGGGCAUUUGUUUGAUCGUUGGAGUAAUCAUUGUCCCGAUCACCGUCCUAUCGAUGGCCGCCACGCCAGAGGUCCCUAACGCAUCCCCAGUUUUCGUCUUCUUGCGCCAACAAACUGGACUUCCGCUCGGUUUAAUUUCCAUCACCGUCCCCUCCAUACUAUUGCUCAUUCUGCUUUACCCGUCCCUUUCAGCUAUUUCAUACCUCGCAAUCAACGUUUCCGGCAUUCCGUCUAAAGCCGCAGGUCAACUACUUUCGAUCAAGGCGAUCUUCAUCUUGAUUUGUGGCUGUUUUCUGAUCUGGUUUCUGCCGAGGAAGAAGGCGAAGGUCAAAUAG